AUGGCUCACCAUUUCCAAUGCUGUCUAGCUAUUGCAUUUUCUCCUUUUCUGUUUUUUUUGGCGUCAAGCAAGGUAGAACAGGGCGCUUUAUAUCUUGUCCGAAGUGCACCUGCACAUGGAGUAUGCUGUCUCGCUGUCCCGCAAAUUGUGUCGAUAAUGGAGGACAAGCAUCCAUCGUUAAGGGUGCAAAAUUUCUGUGUAACAGUUGCGCUGGAAGAUAAUGAUUCUGGAACUCGAGCAAUCUUCUCUUUCUUCCUGUUUCAUGAUCUCACCUGGCUUUUUACAUCUCUGACACUCUAUGUCUUUGGUUCUCCUGUCUCUCUUCAAGUUCUUCUGGAUCUCUUUGCUGUCACUGCUUCUUUCACAUAUCUCUUCAUGGUUAAUGACUGCCCGCCCUCCUGGAAAUGCCGACAACUAUUCUGUAAUGGCAAGUGA